UAUCGACGUGUCGUCAGUGAGGGAAGUUUCCUGGAUUGAAAAGCUUCUGUUUUGAAAGGCGCUGCAUUGAGUGAAAUGUUGGAUCUUUCAUAGAAAUCAUGUCCGUGCUGCAGCGCGUCUGUGGAGCAUCAUGCACUGGAGGAGCCACAUCUCUGGCCUCGCCUUCAGCUUCAUUUUCGUUGUAUCAUAUUUCACCAACAAGUUCGUCCUGUCUGUGUUGAAGUUCACCUUUCCAACUUUAUUUCAAGGAUGGCAGACAUUUAUUGGAGCCAUCCUGCUCCUGCUGUCUGGGAAGCUGGGAUGGGUGGAGAUGAAUCCCAUCCCGAGAGCUGCUGCUCUCUCCUGGCUUCCAGGAUCACUCCUGUUUGUAGGAAACAUAUAUGCAGGUUCCAGGGCCUUAUCACGCAUAGACAUUCCCUUUUUCUUCACGCUUCAGAAUUCCUCUCAUGUAGUUAGCUACAUAAUCGCCUGUGCCUUUCACAGAGAGAAGAAACAGUGGCUUAAAGUCAUCAGCAUUUUCCUCUUGCUGCUGCCGGCCGUCAACCUUCCCCUCUGUGACCCCCAGUUUGACCAAAGUGGCUACCUUUGGGCUCUGCUCCAUCUCUGCUGUGUUGGUGCAUACAGGGUGUUUAAAGUUCAACACAAGUCCACCAAUCUGAGUGACAUUGAACAGCAAUGCAUCAACUACUUAUUCAGCGUGCUCCUGCUGGGUCUGGCUGCUCAUCCAACAGGUGACUUCACGGGUGUCUUGGAGUUCCCCUCUCUGCAUUCCCACUCCUUUCACUGCGGCUGCUGCGCCAGCGCUUUGCUGGGUUUUUUGUUACUGCUUUCCACUGUCAGGUUAAAACGUGGGCUCUCCCUGGAGCACUUCAGGGUUUGGGCUUUUCUAUCGAAGGUUACUGCGGUGUUCCUCUCUCCUUUGGUUUUCUACACAGACAUCAACUCCAUGUCUCUGCUUUGUGUGAUCGUCAGUCAUGUUGGAGAAGCGCUGCUGCUGUAUUCAGACAGAGACUCUCCUCUGUAAAACGAAAGAAAAAAGCUGCACUUCUUACUGAAAGAGAUUGUACUUUUUUCUAUUUCAUGUAUUUUAACAAUCUGAAUAAAGAUCUAUCUAUGUAAAAAAAAAAGUGAAAAAAUUAAAAAUAAUUUUUGGACCCUUUUGACUAUAUUAAUUGAAUUUAAUUAAAUAUCCGGCACAUUUCCAGCGUGUUAAACCUCUUCAUUUUAUUUACAUCAUCUACAAGUACCACAAAGUCUUUACAGUCUUACACCCACCGUGAUAAAAGAAAAUCACGCCAUUUGGUUGUGUUAAAGUGUGUCUCAAUGUUUCCUGAGCCGUAAUGGCAGCAACAUAUCUGCGCUCUGCGCAGCUUAUCUAAACGAAUCUGUAGUAAUGAAUUAGCUCUGCUUCUGGCUUCGCUUUGGGGAGAAUAAAGCGUUAAAGGGCUGCCUUCUUCGUGAACGUCCCUGAGGGCUCUUCUCCUCCUUGAUGUAACCUAGAAGAGAGGUCAAAGAAAGCUCUAAAGGUUACCGUCACCCCUUUUAGUCGGGUUGAAUUCUGUUAAAUAACCAAGAGACAAUGAGAGGAGUGCAGUUUUACUGGCACAGAUCUUCCCCCCCUCCCCCACUUGUUACUUUAAUUAAGCCGUUUUCUCACAAAUACU